GUAUCGAGAAUAUAUUAGAUAUUUUGAUUUUUAUAGAGUAACUUUAGACCACUUAAAAUUAAUAAUAAGUUUUAUUAUUAUGUGUAUUACCUUAUUAAGAACAUUCAGUACGUGAAUUACUUUAUUCAUUAUCCACAAUAACAUGGCUACAAGACAGUCAAGUGACAUGGCAAAGUUCAAGGAAACAUUGAAAGCAGCUAAAGAAGUUGUUAUUCUAUCCGGAGCGGGUAUAAGUGCCGAAUCUGGUAUACCUACGUUUAGAGGUGCGGGUGGAUUUUGGAGAAAAUAUCAGGCAUCGUCUUUGGCGACGCCCGAAGCGUUUAGACAUAGUCCUAGUUUGGUUUGGGAGUUUUAUCAUUACAGAAGAGAAGUAGCCGCUAAAGCACAACCUAAUCAGGGCCACAAAGCAAUUGCUGAUUAUGAGUCAAGACUUGGAUCAGAAAAGAAGAUAACGGUGAUAACACAAAAUGUAGAUGGACUGCAUGCAAGAGCAGGUACUAAAAAUCUUAUAGAAUUACAUGGUAACCUCUAUAAGACCCGCUGCACAAAAUGCAAAGAAGUUCUGGUUAAUAAUGACAGCCCAAUUUGUGAGGCACUGGUAGGAAGAGGUGCCCCUGAUGCAAAUGUUGUGACCUCAGAUAUACCAGUAAAAUCCUUACCGCAUUGUAAAAAGACAAACUGCGAUGGACUAUUAAGGCCUCAUAUUGUAUGGUUUGGUGAAAGUUUGGACCCAGCUGUUUUAGAUAAAGCAGAAACGGCAAUGUCAACUUGUGACGUGUGUUUAGUAGUUGGUACAUCAUCUGUAGUUUACCCAGCGGCUAUGUUUGCACCGCAAGCCGCCGCGAGAGGCGCCAUUGUUGCGGAAUUUAAUUUAGAGCCCACGCCCGCUACACCAGACUUUCAUUAUUACUUUGAAGGUCCAUGUGGAACUACAUUACCUAAAGCUCUGUCUGAUUGAAAAUAAUAUGUACGAUUUCAGUAUUAUUGAUGUUAGAUUAAUAUAAUUGGA